AUGCUCCGAGGGAAGGCAGGAAUGGGUAGGGGCGGCACCGAGAAGCCAUCCAAGGAAGAGGUCGUUGACCUAGAGAUCAAACUGCCUGCCGACUGGGAGAGCGGGCUCGACCUGCCAUCUGACAAGACGUUCUUGACUCCUCAUCACCACCAGGCCACCCAAGAAGGCCACCAGGACCUCAACCUGCCUCCCACGGCAUCCACCGCCGAUGCCGUCACCACCACCUAUGCGUUCUACACUCUCGACAUGGUCCGCAACGCCCUUGAGCGUGCUGCCGCUGCUCGUUCCGCCACCUCACUGGACACGUCAUCCUCCUUGUUGGCAUCCACCUCAUCCUCGUCCUCCUUUCUGGGAAAGCGCAAUUGCUCGCCACCUUCAAGAAUGGCACCACCGGUCGCGAACCCGGCUAUCCGCACGUACGCGUGCCCGUCCUGCUUCACACAUGUGCUCAUCAUCGAGGCCGAACCGUGGUGCCCACGGUGCGGAUCGAAGGAUCCGCCGUUCCCCAGUAUUCCCAUCGCCCACAAUAGCUGGAAGAAGCCCAAGAUUGAUCUGAAUGCUGACGCCGAUGAGACCGAAUGA